UCGAGAGAUGCCAGCAGCAGCAGCAGCAGCCGGAGCAGUCGAGUCUGCCUGUCAUUGCUGCCUUUAGAUCUUCAGCAGAUCAGGAAAAAAUAAAAAGCAGCUGCCCAGGUGAUCAAAGAAGAGAAACAGCUGCAAAGAGCGGAAGAUACUGUUGGGAUCUCGCUUCUUAGAUUUUUGUUUGUUUUCCCUACUAUUUUUUCAUCUUUUUGGAAUCGAUUAUUAUUAUUAUCGUUUUAUUUAUUUAUUUUUUUAAAAAAACCCACGACAACAUCUCUCUGUAUAUAAACUCACCGCCAACCUUCCCGUUGAAAGUCUGCCCAGCUUUGGGGAGGAGGAAGAGAGGCAGCCCCGCACCGAGAUGGAGGUGACUACCGACCAGCCGCGGUGGGUGAGCCACCAUCACCCCGCGGUGCUGAAUGGGCAGCAUCCGGACUCACACCACCCAGGGCUCGGCCAUUCCUACAUGGAUCCAACUCAGUACCCGCUGGCCGAGGAGGUGGAUGUACUUUUUAACAUCGACGGACAAGGGAAUCACGUCCCUUCCUAUUAUAGCAACUCGGUCCGAGCCACGGUGCAGAGGUACCCGCCGGCCCAUCACGCAGGGAGCCAGGUGUGUCGCCCACCGCUUCUCCACGGAUCUCUCCCUUGGCUGGACGGGAGCAAACCCCUGGGGGGCCACCACAGCGCGUCUCCCUGGAACCUGAGUCCCUUCUCCAAGACCUCGAUCCAUCACAGCUCUCCGGGACCCCUCUCCGUCUACCCGCCGGCUUCCUCCUCCGCUUUAUCCGCCGGUCACUCCAGUCCGCACCUUUUCACCUUCCCUCCGACCCCUCCCAAAGAUGUCUCCCCGGAUCCCUCCAUCUCCACCCCGGGAUCCACCGGCUCCAGCCGGCAGGACGAGAAGGAAUGCAUCAAGUACCAGGUGUCCCUGGCUGACACCAUGAAGCUGGAGUCGUCUCACUCCCGCAGCACCAUGGCCUCGCUAGGAGCGGCCUCCUCUUCCGCUCACCACCCCAUCACCACCUACCCGCCCUACGUCCCAGAAUAUGGCUCUGGACUCUUCCCCCCCAGCAGCCUCCUAGGGGGCUCGCCUACCGGCUUUGGGUGCAAAUCGAGACCAAAAGCGCGCUCCAGUACAGAAGGCAGGGAGUGUGUAAACUGUGGCGCUACCUCAACCCCCCUGUGGAGGAGAGAUGGCACCGGGCAUUAUCUGUGUAACGCCUGUGGACUCUAUCACAAAAUGAACGGGCAGAACCGGCCCCUGAUUAAGCCCAAGAGAAGGCUGUCUGCAGCAAGACGGGCGGGCACAUCCUGUGCAAACUGUCAGACCACCACCACCACGCUGUGGAGGAGAAAUGCCAAUGGUGAUCCUGUCUGUAACGCCUGCGGGCUCUAUUACAAGCUGCACAAUAUUAACAGACCCCUGACUAUGAAGAAAGAAGGAAUUCAGACCAGAAACCGAAAAAUGUCUAGCAAAUCCAAAAAGUGCAAAAAGGUCCAUGACAGCCUGGAAGAUUUCCCCAAGAGCAGCUCCUUUAACCCCGCCGCCCUCUCCAGACACAUGUCCUCCAUCAGCCACAUUUCACCUUUUAGUCACUCUAGCCACAUGCUGACAACGCCGACACCGAUGCACCCGCCAUCCAGCCUCUCUUUCGGACCUCAUCAUCCUUCCAGCAUGGUCACUGCCAUGGGUUAGAGACAGAGUCCCCCUGCUGAAUGCUUACAGUCUCAAAAUGAGAUUUACUUUAUAUACUUGCAUUUUUGCAGGCGUGUUGUUAUCCAUUUGAAGCCCAAAACAAAUGGAUAAAAAUUAAAAAAAAAAUGUUAUUUGAAGGCAUAAAAGAAAAAAAAAAGGAAAAAAAAAAAGUGAUGUUUGCCACUUUUUAAAGGAACUCACUAUGGUGUCUGUAUUCUCAACCUCUGAAUCUGGACUCCAUCUGUGAAUAAGCCAUUCAGACUCAUCUUCCCUAUUUAACAGGGUCUCUAGUGCUGUGAAAAAAAAAAGCUGAACAUUGCAUAUAACUUAUAUUGUAAGGAAUACUGUACAUUUGAGGAAGACUUUAUUGCAUCUGGGUAAGCUGUAAAGACAGGCAUGAAGGACUCAGAGGAAAAUUUUUCUAAAGGCGCAUGGGGAGGAGAAUAAAAAUGCCGACUGAGAAGAACCAGGUCUAAUGAACGAAUGGACAAACUGCCAGUCGUGUCCUCUCUCUCUCUCUCUCUCUCUGGCUGGCUCAAGUUGUUUGAUGCAUUAACUAACUAACUAACUAAAAGCUGUAGGCAGAUCAUUCAUUCAAGGCACCAGGCCUUCUACAUAGGAAGUAAUAAUGGUUUUGGGGCAAUCAGUGUUAACAUAUGGAUAUUGCCAGCGAGGGUUUUCAGAUAGCCAUUCUUCAGGCCUAUACGCAUUGUGAACAAGUUCCUGUAAUUGUUGUUUGUAUGUAUAAUUCAAAGCACCAAAUUAAGAAAGAUGUAGAUUUAUUUCAUCCUAUAAUACAGACUGAAUGGUUGUAUAAAUUUAUUUACUGCUAGUGUUAAGACCUGUUUUUAUUUUAUUUUUUUUGGUUUUGUUUUGUUUUCAUAUUUUUUCCCUCUUUUUUUUUUUGGAGAAUAAACUAGAUUAAAUUCUGUUGACUUACAGGCGUUUUGUGCUUGGCGGUGUGUGGAAGGGGAUUCUUUUCGUUUUUGUUUUGAUGAUAUUUAUUAAAUAGCUUUCCUGGGUAUGGGCGACGUGUAUCUUUUUCAGCUCCUUUCGACGGCCAGUGCAAUGUUUGCGGUGGUUUAAAAAUAAAAUAAAAUAAAUGAAGUGCAUGUUAGAGUGACCCACUGUUCAGUGUCUGUUACAGAUCCCCUCAUUUGCAAAGCAUAUGACUCUGCUGCAGCUCCCAGCUAGGCGAAUCAUUCCUUUCACUUAUGCUUUAGAAGCUUAUGUGGCCGAGAUGGCAGGUUCAAGCCCCUGUGCUAACCACGAUAACAAAUGUACGAUGAGGAAUUUAGUGGGGAGGUUUUCAAAGGUACCGCUAGCAGAGAGGUACCUAACUCUGCUUUAGGCCUUUAAAAAAAGGCCGCGGGACCUUUGGAAAAAAUCCUGUAUGGUAAUAAGCUUUCCUCAUGUUCUGUGCUAGUGAUUGCUGCCCUAAAGCACCUCCUUAUGCAAUGAGACAUUUUGUACAGUCUAAAGUCCAGAUCCUAGAGUGAGCUCUGCGUGGACAGAGCCUGCAUUCCUGCUGAGCCUCAGAGAAGUAGAUGGAGCUUAUUGCAGAAGCAGGAAUCUUAACAGUAUACAAAGGAUGAUGAUGAAAUCUAUAUUGCCAAUCCCUAGCCAUCAAAAAUCAUGAGCCAGGUCCCCAAAAUUCAGGAGAUGAACUUGAAAAUAUUGAGAUUUAAAAUAAAUAAAUACAUUUGGGGGUCUUUUAACUUGCUUUCUGGUGUUUGAGUCUUUAGAGUUCAUGUUUUUCCAGUGUUUCUCCACAAAGAUGGGGGCUGGAAGCUUUAAAAAUAAAGUUGAAAUUUUACAUAAUCACAUGACUCCAGGAGGUGGGGCUUUAAGAAAAGCACCGCACAUCCUGAAACUUGUGAUACAAUGGCAAGGGUUGGCAACACUGUCAGGCUUGUAGACCUCAUAGCUGUCAUUAAACAAAAAUAAUAUUCAACUCUCAACGAAGAUGACUUGCAAAUUGAUUAUUAUACCCCGACGGUGGCAACAGCUGAAUUCCUUUUACCUACAAAGUAGAAGCCCUAUCUCGCAGCCACUUACAUGACUAAUGCUUACUCAUUCAAGUCGUCCCAUUGGGCCAAACUGUGCUGUCGGUGAUACUGGGCUGAACUCAGAGUAAGAUUUACACCAACGUACAUGAGAUGAGCAUUAAACCCAUUGGGCUUGCUUCAGCUUUGCUCUGAAUUGUGUGUAACCAUUUACUCCAAUGCAAAGUGGCUAUAAAAUACCAUUCUGAUCUGGGAACAUGUCAUACACGUGUUGCACUGGGUACCUGACUAUACCCAGGGCAACAGGGGCAGGUUCAUU